CUGCACAUCAGAGGCUAUAUAAGCACUUUCACUGCGCGCACACACGAGUUGGGAAGCGACGCACUCUGACCCCACCGCACGCGAAAGACGGACUUACGUUAGUUACUUAGUUAGUUAUCUUGUGAGUUGUGUCGUGUUUCUUUUAAAUUUAUACAGGGGCCCCAUGAAGCGACUGUCAUGCGCAUAGCGGCACUGAUUGCACUCGUGCAGCUGUCGCUCGCUACAGCUGUUCCAGAUGUCCAGACACUCACAGCGGCAGAGCUGAACCUCCAGCUGGGCGGGGAGAAUGCAUUGUCACCGUUCUUCGAGGAGACCAGCGAGGAGACUGGGGUGCACUUCGUGAGGGGUUCCCGAGCCGCUGAUUCCCCUCUCUCCCCUGACAUAGACGUCCAGUGCUCGGCAGACUUCAUCGAAGUCACCGUCGAGUUCCCGGAUGUUUUCGAUGGGAUUAUAUACAGCAAGGGUUACUUAAAUGACCCUAAGUGCAAGUAUGUGUCCCUGGGAGGCAGCCAGUCCCGGUACUCGUUCCGAGUGCCGCUGAACGGCUGCGGGUCCAGACCUCUCUGCAACGCGUGCGGGACCAUCGACAAUGUGCUCGUGUUCCAGGCUGAUGAUUUGGUGCAAGGACCCUACGAUUUUGCUAGAAAGGUGUCUUGUACCAACACAGCGUUGGAAGUGUCCGUUGGUGGUAGGAGAAAGGAACAGUCGCACAUACUGAGGCUGAAGCCCUUCAUGGUGGACAUGUUGGACGUGGUGGCGGUGCAGGGACCAGCGGGCGGCGUCGAAUGUUGGAUGGACAUCCAGAAGGGAGUCUUCCCCAAUACUACUCCACUGGAAAGUUCUAUAAAGAUCGGCGAGUAUCUCACCAUCUUGAUUUACCUGAAGGACAUCAGAAAUCAGUUCAAUUUGAAGAUCCACGAUUGUUGGGCAUACGACAACGAGGAGUAUGACAGCCCGCAGACGAACAAAAUACAACUUACUGACAAGGAGGGAUGUCCCAAGAAAAAGAAAUUCAUUGAUGUAUGGCAGAAGUCUACGAACACAGGCAAAAGUGGCGCAACGUUGAUUGCAUACAGCAAAAUAAGCGCUUUCCGGUUUCCAGAAACCGACCAAGUCUAUCUCACAUGUAAUGUUGAGCUUUGCACAAGCAGCUGUGACUCAAGCUGCACUGGUAUAACAAAAGAAGUCUCAACAACCAUAAGACCACAAGAAUGUUACCCGGGCUCUAAGGAUCCUAGAUGUCAAAUACCCACAGAACCUUCGGUUAAAUGUUAUCCAGGCUCGACGGAUUCGCGUUGUCCCAAACCAACAUCUCCGUCUCCUAAUUGCUUCCCUGGUAGUACAGAUCCUCGUUGUCCCAGGCCUACAACCCCAGAACCUCCAAGAUGCUUCCCUGGCAGCAAUGAUCCUCGUUGCCCAAGACCUACAACUCCAGAACCUCCAAAGUGUUUUCCUGGUAGCAAUGAUCCUCGUUGCCCAAGGCCCACGACUCCAGAACCUCCAAGUUGUUUCCCUGGCACCAAUGACCCUCGUUGCCCAAAACCUACUCCGGAACCUCCCAAAUGCUUCCCCGGCAGCAAUGACCCUCGUUGCCCAAAACCUACUACUCCGGAACCUCCCAAAUGCUUCCCCGGCAGCAAUGACCCUCGUUGCCCAAAACCUACAACUCCAGAACCUCCAAGAUGCUUCCCUGGCAGCAAUGAUUCUCGUUGCCCAAGGCCUACGACACCAGAACCUCCAAGGUGUUUCCCUGGCAGCAAUGACCCUCGUUGCCCAAGGCCCACGACUCCAGAACCUCCAAGAUGCUUCCCUGGCACCGAUGACCCUCGUUGCCCGAAACCUACUACUCCGGAACCACCUAAAUGCUUCCCUGGUAGCUCUGACUCUCGCUGUCCUCAACCAACUACUCCGGAACGACCAAAAUGUUUCCCAGGUAGCACAGAUCCCCGCUGUCCUAAGCCGACGACUCCAACACCGACUAAGCCUACGUGUUAUCCAGGAUCUCCUGACCCUAGUUGUCCUCAACCAACAAGACCCUCAACCCUGAACCCACCAACGUAUUUACCACCUUCCACAGCAGAACCUAAAUGUUUCCCAGGUUCCACAGAUGAACGAUGCCCACAACCUACUACACCCGUACCACCAAAAUGUUUCCCCGGUAGUAACGAUCCACGUUGUCCUAAACCUACAACAUCAGAGCCAAAGUGCUAUCCUGGAAGCACUGACCCUCGAUGCCCCAAACCAACAACUCCAGAACCACCAAGAUGUUAUCCUGGAAGCUCUGACCCUCGUUGCCCCCAACCUACUACACCAGAACCUCCAAGAUGUUUCCCGGGCAGUAAUGAUCCACGUUGCCCUAAACCUACUACACCAGAACCACCAAGAUGUUAUCCUGGUAGCUCUGACCCUCGUUGUCCUCAACCUACUACACCAGAACCUCCGAGAUGUUUCCCGGGCAGUAAUGAUCUACGUUGCCCUAAACCUACUACACCAGAACCACCAAAGUGCUAUCCUGGAAGCACUGACCCUCGAUGCCCCAAACCAACAACUCCAGAACCACCAAGAUGUUAUCCUGGUAGCUCUGACCCUCGUUGCCCCCAACCUACUACACCAGAACCUCCAAGAUGUUUCCCGGGCAGUAAUGAUCCACGUUGCCCUAAACCUACUACACCAGAACCACCAAGAUGUUAUCCUGGUAGCUCUGACCCUCGUUGUCCUCAACCUACUACACCAGAACCUCCGAGAUGUUUCCCGGGCAGUAAUGAUCCACGUUGCCCUAAACCUACUACACCAGAACCACCAAAGUGCUAUUCUGGAAGCACUGACCCUCGUUGCCCUAAACAGACAACACCAGAACCACCAAGAUGUUACCCUGGUAGCUCUGACCCUCGUUGUCCCCAACCAACAACACCAGAACCUCCUCGAUGCUUCCCUGGUAGCAAUGACUCUCGUUGUCCAAAACCUACCACGCCAACUCCACCUAGAUGUUAUCCGGGCAGCACAGACUCAAGGUGCCCUAAACCAACAACCCCUGAGACUCCAAAAUGUUUCCCUGGUAGUUCAGAUCCCCGUUGUCCAAAACCUACUACUCCAGCUCCACCAAAGUGCUACCCUGGAAGCACUGACCCUCGUUGCCCCAAAACGAUAACGCCAGACGCUCCAAGGUGCUAUCCUGGUAGUACAGACCCACGUUGCCCUAAACCAACAACUUCAACACCCCCCAGAUGCUUCCCUGGCAGCACUGACCCACGAUGUCCUAAACCAACAACUCCAACACCGACAAAACCAGCGUGUUAUCCUGGAUCACCUGAUCCUAAUUGUCCUCAACCUCCAAGACCUACAACCUUGAAUCCACCAACGUAUUUACCACCUUCGACGCCUGAACCUAAAUGCUUCCCUGGGUCCAACGAUCUACGAUGCCCUCAGCCUACUACUCCCGCACCGCCUAAAUGUUUCCCUGGCAGCACAGAUCCACGAUGCCCUAAACCCACCACGCCUGUUCCUACAACACCUGCACCACCAAGAUGUUUCCCAGGCAGCAAUGAUCCUCGUUGUCCAAAACUGACUACCCCAGCACCUCCACGAUGCUACCCCGGAAGUACUGAUCCACGUUGUCCUAAGCCAACAACACCUGCCCCGCCUAGAUGCUAUCCCGGUAGCUCAGAUUUAAGAUGUCCAAAACCAACAACCCCUGAGCCUCCUCAAUGUUUCCCAGGCAGUACAGACUCCCGUUGUCCGAAACCCACUACACCUGAACCUCCACGUUGUUUCCCAGGUAGCAGUGAUCCACGUUGCCCACAACCAACAACUCCAGCACCACCAAAAUGUUUCCCUGGAAGUACGGAUCCACGUUGUCCUAAACCAACCACACCAGCUCCACCAAGGUGCUAUCCAGGUAGCACAGAUCCACGAUGCCCUAAGCCCACCACGCCACUGCCUACAACACCUGCACCACCAAGAUGUUUCCCAGGCAGCACUGAUCCUCGUUGUCCAAAACUGACAACCCCAACUCCUCCACGAUGCUACCCUGGAAGUACUGAUCCACGUUGUCCUAAGCCAACCACACCUGCUCCACCUAGAUGUUAUCCCGGUAGCUCAGAUUUAAGAUGUCCAAAACCAACAACCCCUGAGCCUCCUCAAUGUUUCCCAGGCAGUACAGACUCCCGUUGCCCGAAACCCACUACACCUGAGCCUCCACAAUGCUUCCCUGGCAGCACUGAUCCACGUUGUCCAAAGCCAACAACACCUGUACCGCCAAGAUGUUAUCCUGGUAGCACGGAUCCGAGAUGCCCUAAACAAACCACACCUGAACCUCCAAAAUGUUUCCCUGGUAGUUUAGAUCCCCGUUGUCCAAAACCAACAACUCCAGCGCCCCCGCGAUGUUUCCCUGGCAGCACUGAUCCCCGUUGUCCAAAGCCCACAACACCAGCUCCACCGAGGUGCUACCCUGGCAGCACUGAUACACGAUGUCCUAAGCCAACCACUCCUAAACCGACUACUCAAGCAUGUUAUCCUGGGUCACCAAACCCUAACUGCCCUCAACCACCAAGACCAACCACUUUAAAUCCACCAACGUAUCUACCACCUUCGACACCACAACCAAAAUGCUUCCCAGGUUCUUCUGAUGUUCGAUGCCCUCAGCCUACUACACCUGAACCACCUAAAUGUUACCCCGGUAGUAGAGAUCCACGAUGCCCAACUACACCAGUCCCUACAACUCCAGCACCGCCACGAUGCUUCCCUGGUAGCACUGAUCCACGUUGUCCAAAGCCAACAACACCUGCGCCACCAAAAUGUUUCCCUGGCAGUUUAGAUCCCCGUUGUCCGAAACCAACAACGCCCGAAUCACCAAGAUGCUAUCCUGGAAGCACGGACCCGCGUUGCCCAAAACCAACAACCCCAGCACCUCCACGAUGCUACCCUGGCAGCACUGAUACACGAUGCCCUAAGCCAACAACACCUGCCCCACCAAGAUGUUAUCCCGGCAGCACAGAUCCACGAUGUCCAAGACCAACAACCCCUGAACUUCCAAAAUGUUUCCCUGGCAGUACUGACUCCCGUUGCCCCAGACCCACAACUCCUGAACCUCCACGUUGUUUCCCAGGUAGCAGUGAUCCACGUUGUCAACAAUCAACAACACCCGCACCGCCAAAAUGUUUCCCAGGAAAUACUGAUCCACGUUGUCCCAAGCCAACAACACCAGCUCCACCAAGAUGCUAUCUUGGAAGUACGGACCCACGAUGCCCAAAAACAACUACACCAGCUCCUCCUAGAUGCUAUCCUGGAAGCACGGAUCCAAGAUGCCCCAAACUUACUACACCUGAACCUCCUAAAUGUUUCCCUGGUAGUUUAGAUCCUCGCUGUCCAAAACCUACAACUGUAGCUCCCCCGCGAUGCUACCCUGGUAGCACAGAUCCACGUUGUCCUAAAGUUACUACACCGAAGCCGACAACUCCAGCAUGUUAUCCUGGAUCACCCGACCCCAGAUGUCCUCAACCACCAAAACCAACAACUCUAAAUCCACCCACGUACUUACCACCUACAACGCCAGAACCCAAGUGCUUCCCAGGUUCCACAGAUAUACGGUGCCCUCAACCUACUUCGCCUAAACCUCCAAGGUGUUUCCCUGGUAGUACUGAUCCACGAUGCCCUAAGCCCACUACUCCGGCUCCUCCAAAAUGUUACCCUGGCAGUACAGAUCCCCGUUGCCCGAGACCUACAACUCCCGAAGCUCCACGUUGUUUCCCAGGUAACAAUGAUCCAAGAUGUCCUAAACCAACUACACCAGAACCUCCUAGAUGCUUCCCUGGCAGUACCGACUCACGAUGCCCUAAGCCAACCACUCCAACUCUUACUACUCCAGAACCUCCUCGAUGCUUCCCUGGCAGUUCGGACCCCCGUUGUCCCAAACCAACUACGCCAGAACCUCCUCAAUGCUUCUCUGGUAGCUCGGACCCACGUUGUCCCAAACCUACUACGCCAGAACCACCACGAUGCUUCCCUGGCAGCACCGACCCACGUUGUCCUAAAUUAACUACACCAAAGCCGACAACUCCAGCAUGUUAUCCUGGAUCACCCGACCCCAGAUGUCCUCGACCACCAAGGCCAACAACUCUAAAUCCACCCACGUACUUACCACCUUCAACACCAGGACCUAAAUGUUUCCCAGGUUCUACAGAUUUACGGUGCCCUCAACCUACUACACCUAAACCUCCAAGAUGUUACCCUGGCAGUGAAGACCCACGUUGUCCCAAACCCACAACACCAGAACCUCCUCGAUGCUUCCCUGGUAGCUCGGACCCACGUUGUCCCAAGCCUACUACUCCAGAACCUCCUCGAUGCUUCCCUGGUAGCUCGGACCCACGUUGUCCUAAACCCACAACACCAGAACCUCCUCGAUGCUACCCUGGUAGCUCAGACCCACGUUGUCCCAAGCCUACUACACCAGAACCUCCUCGAUGCUUCCCUGGUAGCUCAGACCCGCGUUGUCCCAAGCCUACUACUCCAGAACCUCCUCGAUGCUUUCCUGGUAGCUCGGACCCACGUUGUCCUAAACCCACAACACCAGAACCUCCUCGAUGCUUCCCUGGUAGCUCGGACCCACGUUGUCCUAAGCCCACAACUCCAGAACCUCCUCGAUGCUUCCCUGGUAGCACCGACCCACGUUGUCCUAAAAUAACCACACCAAAGCCAACAACUCCAGCAUGUUAUCCUGGAUCACCAGACCCCAAAUGUCCUCAACCACCAAGACCAACAACUCUAAAUCCACCAACGUACUUACCACCUUCAACACCAGGACCAAAAUGUUUCCCAGGUUCAUCAGAUUUACGGUGCCCUCAACCUACAACACCUAAACCUCCAAGAUGUUACCCUGGCAGUACAGACCCACGUUGUCCCAAACCCACAACACCAGAACCUCCUCGAUGCUUCCCUGGUAGCUCGGACCCACGUUGUCCCAAGCCUACUACUCCAGAACCUCCUCAAUGCUUCCCUGGAAGCUCUGACCCACGUUGUCCCAAACCCACAACACCAGAACCUCCUCAAUGCUUCCCUGGUAGCUCAGACCCGCGUUGUCCCAAGCCUACUACUCCAGAACCUCCUCGAUGCUUCCCUGGUAGCUCAGACCCACGUUGUCCUAAGCCCACAACACCAGAACCUCCCCGAUGCUUCCCUGGUAGCUCGGACCCACGUUGUCCCAAACCGACAACUCCAGAAGCUCCUCGAUGCUUCCCUGGGAGCUCGGACCCACGUUGUCCUAAACCCACGACACCAGAACCUCCUCAAUGCUUCCCAGGUAGUUCGGACCUACGUUGUCCCAAACCUACUACUCCAGAACCUCCUCGAUGCUUCCCUGGUAGCUCAGACCCACGUUGUCCUAAACCCACAACACCAGAACCUCCCCGAUGCUUCCCUGGUAGCUCGGACCCACGUUGUCCCAAACCGACAACUCCAGAAGCUCCUCGAUGCUUCCCUGGUAGCUCGGACCCACGUUGUCCUAAACCCACGACACCAGAACCUCCUCGAUGCUUCCCAGGUAGUUCGGACCUACGUUGUCCCAAACCUACUACGCCAGAACCUCCUCGAUGCUUCCCUGGCAGCACCGACCCACGUUGUCCUAAAAUAACCACACCAAAGCCAACAACUCCAGCAUGUUAUCCUGGAUCACCAGACCCUAAAUGUCCUCAACCACCAAGACCAACAACUCUAAAUCCACCCACUUACUUACCACCUUCAACACCAGGACCUAAAUGUUUCCCAGGUUCUACAGAUUUACGGUGUCCUCAACCUACUACACCUAAACCUCCAAGAUGUUACCCUGGCAGUACAGACCCACGUUGUCCCAAACCCACUACUCCAGAACCUCCUCGAUGCUACCCUGGUAGCUCGGACCUACGUUGUCCCAAGCCUACUACUCCAGAACCUCCUCGUUGCUUCCCUGGUAGCUCAGACCCACGUUGUCCCAAACCCACUACUCCAGAACCUCCUCGAUGCUUCCCUGGUAGCUCGGACCCACGUUGUCCCAAGCCUACUACUCCAGAACCUCCUCGAUGCUUCCCUGGUAGCUUAGACCCACGUUGUCCCAAGCCUACUACUCCAGAACCUCCUCGAUGCUUCCCUGGUAGCUCAGACCCACGUUGUUCCAAACCCACUACUCCAGAACCUCCUCGAUGCUUCCCUGGUAGCUCGGAUCCACGUUGUCCCCAGCCCACUACUCCAGAACCUCCUCGAUGCUUCCCUGGUAGCUCGGACCCACGUUGUCCCAAACCUACUACUCCAGAACCUCCUCGGUGCUACCCUGGUAGCUCGGACCCACGUUGUCCUAAACCCACGACACGAGAACCUCCUCGAUGCUACCCUGGUAGCUCGGACCCACGUUGUCCCAAGCCUACUACUCCAGAACCUCCUCGAUGCUACCCUGGUAGCUCUGACCCACGUUGUCCCAAGCCCACUACUCCAGAACCUCCUCGAUGCUUCCCUGGUAGCUCAGACCCACGUUGUCCCAAACCCACAACACCAGAACCUCCUCGUUGCUUCCCUGGCAGCACCGACCCACGUUGUCCCAAACCAACAACACCAACUUCAACACCUAGCUCUUGCUACCCUGGUUCUAAAGAUCCAAAAUGCCCCCAACCAUUCGCGCCCAGUAGCACAAAUCCCCCAACUACAUACUUGCCACCCUACCCCGCAGAAAAUGAAAUAAAAUCCGCUAGAAGAUUAGUCAAGAAAAGUUUUGACUACUACGACGAUACAGAGUUACAAAUUGAUAACUUCGACUUUGCUAGAACUAAGCCAAGAACUAGAAACGCAAGAGAUUUGUCGAAAACUCUAGAUAUAGUUCAAUCUGGUGCAGCAUUGUCUGAGAAUGCAUAUGUCGGAAUAAUAGGGUCCAUCAUUGUUGUUAUGUCGAUAGCUAUAUUAGUUGUACAUGUUGUAAGAUCGAAGAAAAACCUUAAAGGUAUAGAAAAUAAUACUCAUCCUUGCUAAUCAAUAACUUUUAUUUGUGAUAUAUGAGAAUACGUGUCUAAUUAUGUAAGUAAUAUGUUUUUAUAUAUAAAAUUACGAUAUAUAAUUGUCAUAUUUCCCGUGAAUAUAUUAUUUUUUAUUGUAUUGAAACGUUCACUGCCUAAAAAUGCUUUAUAAAUAAAUAUACAGGCAAUCUAAAUGCCUAUUUUGUAAUAUUAAAUAAAAUAGUGCCAUAGGAUAAAAGACUAGGCGCGCAUGAUAUUUUCAUCGUUGAAUCGAUAUAUUGUGAUUUUUUUGUAUUAACAAAUAAUUAUAGCAUGCACGCUUAGGCUUAGAACAGCUAUAUCUGAGAGCUGCUUGAUACUGCUUCCGAAUGAUAAAACAAUUACCUAUAACCUAGUCAACAAUAUAUAAACACUAUGUAUAUUUAAAAAAGAAAACUAUUAAAUUUAUAUCUUUUUCGAUCAUUAUUAUUUUUUAUGCAUAUAUUAUAUACUAAUUUGUGAUAUAUUUGUAAAUAUUUACCAGUAUAAUAGUACGAUAUUGUGGCCAUUAAAUUUUAUAGUUAAGUUUUUGCCAAUCUAUAUUAAUAAUAUUGUGUGGAUUUAUGUGAACCUCAAUUCUGUGUUGUGAGAAAAUUUUACAAAUGAUAAUACUCUCAAUUAUAAUUAUUAUAUUUAAAUUAAUAUUGUUACUAGUUCAGACGCGACGGAAAACACGCCUUUUCAUUAUGACGUUUAUAUGAUUAUAACUAACCUAACCUAACCUUAUUCCAUAUGUGAAAAAUCAUGAAAAAAUUUUGCUAAUUGUUGCAGACGUUAAAUCAAGAUGUCUUCCAUUGAUCUUUCAAAACUCAGUUUGACGUAUGUUUAGUAGAAUUACACAUUGCUUAUUGUACAUUUUUUAUGUUCUACCUGCAAAAUGUAAAUUCUAGCUACAAGUUUUUUAAUUGGAACAACACGAUAUAUUGAAAACUCUACAGCUUAACUUGGAGAAAAAAACAUAAAUGUUUUCAAAGCUAUUAAAAAAGUCGUUAUGGUUACUUAUAAGCAAUAUAAAUUUAUUGGAGAGCUUCUUGCGUGUUUGUUAUAAGUUAAAAGGUUUCUAGGAUCACGCCAAUAUAAGAAAAUCACGUUUUCCGAUGUGUUCUGAACCGAACUACGUUUGAGUAGGUGCUAAUGCUCCGUCCAUUCGUGAGUUCGUUUUCCACAAUACAGAAUGACAGGUAAAAGAAUUUAAACGAAGAAAUUAAAUGUUAGUAGGAUUGCUUGUUGAGUCAAUCUAAAUAAAACAUUCUAUGAAUGUGGAAAA